UCUAAGAGUACGCGUCCGCGUUCCGCUCGCGCAGGGCUCCUUCGGCGGGUCUCACCACAGCCGGCCAUUUGCGCCGGAACUUGUAGCAAGGCCUUUGACGCUGUUUAGCCACUUAUCUCUUUGCUAGCUGCCGUUCGCCCUUUAAUGGCAAUUUGCUCUGCGCUUCCAUACUCACUUAAAUGAGGUAGCGCGUGACUGGCCUUCCCCUAAGGAAGGUCAGUACCAAGUUUUGUUCUGAAUUCAAGUUCUGCUUGGAUUUAAGCUUUUAUGUGUAGACAUGCUUGUUUUCCUAGUUCCUGGAAAUUGUCAACAUAUCAUUUUAAUUCAGUUUAUGUGUUCCCAGGAAAAAUUAAUGUUUGCUUCAAAUUUGAAAGUGAAUUGUGAUUAUUUUUAUAUGUUUUAUUUUACUAUUAAGUCUUUAUAAAGACAUUAUCUUUAGCGAUCUUUUUCAUUUCCCAGUGUUGUUCCAUUUUAUACAAUAUAUGUGGUGGAACUUGAAUAAAAUAUGCCCCCAAUUUGGCCUUUUUAACCUCGAUGUCUCCACAAUAUCAUUUCUUCACUGGAAUCUCAGAAUAGCUAAAUUCAAGCACCCUGCAAGAAGAAAGUGACUGCCCUGUGGAUUCUCUGAUGCUUUUAUUGAGCCCUGCUAUCUUUUCUUCAUAUUUGCACAAGACAAUAAGGAAUGAUAGGAUUUGUUAUCUUUCAUUUCUAACAUUAAAGAGGUUGCAAGUAGAAAUGUCUUCAAUGUCUCCAACAAGAAGGAAUGUUAUCAUCUUGGAAGGAUAUGCCUGCUGGAAAGUUUCCAGUGUCAUCAUAUGUGAAUAUCCACCCAUGAAUUCAAUUACAAUGGGAAACGUUUUUGAAAAGCUGCUUAAAAGUCUAUUUGGGAAAAAAGAGAUGAGGAUUCUUAUGUUGGGUUUGGAUGGAGUUGGAAAAACCACCAUCUUGUAUACAUUGAAGCUGGGAAAGAUUGUGGCUGCUGUCCCUACGACAGGUUUCAAUGUGGAGACGAUAGAAUAUAACAAUAUCAGCCUCACAGUCUGGGAUUUUGCUAGCCACGUCACAAUCAGACCUAUGUGGCGACAUUAUUUUAAGAACACAAAUGGUCUGAUUUUUGUGGUUGACAGUAAUGACAGAGAACGGAUUGGUGAGGCCCAGGAAUUACUAUUCAGAUUGUUAACGGAAGAUGAGCUCAGAGAGGCAGUUUUAUUGGUGUUUGCAAAUAAACAGGAUCUUCCCAAUGCUAUGAACACAGCAGAGAUAACGGACAAGUUGGGCUUAAAUUCCUUCCACUACAGAAACUGGCACAUUCAGGCUAUUUGUGCCACCAAUGAAGAUGGGCUUUAUGAAGGUCUGGACUGGUUCACUAACCAGCUCGCAAAUCAGAAGUGAUGGAAAGUGAUCCAUUCCCUGCACAUUGUGGCAAAAUCAUCUGGCCUGUUCUUUGUGCACGUGCACAUGUGAGGAGCCACGUGUGCUAUGUAGCUGGGGGCAGAGGCAGCUUUCUCACAUCGUCCCUUAUCUACCCUAUAUGAACCGUGCCUUAUCUACCCCUGUAAGAACUGUGCCUUAUCUACCCUAUAAGAACCAUGCCUUAU